ACCCGCUCCUCGCUUCUCCUCUCCCUCGGGGCUCCGCUUCGCCUUCUCCGCAGCGCAGCCACUUCGGGAUCGGGAAGCGGGAGGGGAAGGGAGAGGCAGGCGAGUCGCCGUACCCGGCCGCAGCUCCCCUCUCUCCGCCCCCGCCUACCCCUGCCACCCACCCCUACCCCCGCCGCGCACGAUGAGCUCCGCCCCCGCCCCGCCGCCGCCGCCGCCGCCGUCCUCGCCCCCCGCCGACGAGGGGCGGCCGAGGGAGGCGACGGAGGUGGACGACCGGGUGGCCUCCCACGUCGACCCGUUCCUCGUGGAGGCGCUCGACAACCCCCGCCACCGCCUCAUGAUUUUGCGGAUGGAAUUGGAUAUACAGAAAUUUAUGCAGAAUCAUCACCUGCAUGAAUUUGAAUUCCAGCAUUUUCCAACUUCUUACCUCCGCUGUGCUGCUCAUCGUGUUGCACAACAUUAUGGUUUAGAGACUACAGUAGCAGAUAGCUUAGUUGAUGGUUCUAAUAGCAGGAUAGUUGCGAGAAAAACACCUGAAAGCAAAUAUCCAGCUAUUGCUUUAUCAGAAGUUCCCGUUAAACAAGCAAGAAAUGAUAUUGAGGCAGCAGAAAAGCUUAAGUUUGUCAUUUGUCAAAGGCCUAAAGCUUCCCAAAAUGGUGCAUAUGGUGCUGGAACCAACAAUGGUGCGGCUAAAACUGUUGAAGAGAGGAUAGAUGAUUACAAUAAGGCACGGGCACGCAUUUUCAAUGGUUCCAUUCCUGCAGAUGUUGUAGGCCCAAGUGAUUUAGGAGGUUUGUCGAUUGCCAGAAACGAACCGGUGAAUGUUGAGCCUUCUGUUGAUGAGAACAAGGGUUGCACAUUCAAUAGCCGUUCCAGGGUUGCUGUUUUUAAGGACACUGAAAAAGAUCGUAGUGAUCCUGACUACGAUCGUAAUUACAAAAGGUAUGUUAGGCCCCCCGUGCCUGACUAUGGUGUGAGCCCAGGCGCCUUCAAUUUUGCCGUGCCUCAGUUUGUGCAGUAUGGUGUUGGUUAUAUGCAGUCUCCUAGCAUGCCGAGAAACCAACCUUCUGUGUACUUUGGUCAACCUGAUUUAUCGAUGGGAUCUUCUGGAACUGCUGUUUACCCACAGUGGCCUACCCCAGCAAUGAUGUACCCCCAUUGCUAUGACAAUCUUGGCCAUGUGAUUUCUCAGGUUCCGGUGUACCAGUCCUUCAACCAUGGUUAGGAGAUGCUAUACUUCAUGGGAUGUUGGAACAAAAUUAUUUAAAACCUGCUAUGUCGUGUUGUCUUGUUAAGUGCGUCUAUUUUGGAGUCAGUUUUUCCCAUCAUCGAACUUCUGGAUAGUGUCAGCUAGGUGUAUAAGAAUUCUUAUUAUUGUUAUUGUGCACUAAUCUACAAGCAGGGGCGCUUGUCUUUUGCUCGUUUA